AAAAUUCCCAUAUGGCUUAUUGCAAAAAGGAAGGCCAACAGAACCAAUUUCUCACAACCUACUUUCUAUCAAUACACACAAAAUCAAACAAUGUCGAAGAAGCCUGAUUCAAAGCCUGUGUAUGGUUAUUGUGGCUACCUAGAGGUGAUGCCCUUGAGCAAGGGAUCCUCUUCUUCACAGCUCAACGAGUCUGCAGAACUUCAGAUGAAAGAUCGAUAUUCGUAUAAGGAUGCAUAUGGUGGAGGAGGUUCAAGCAGCUUUACUAGGAGCUACAAGGCUGGGGAGUUUGUGGACAAGAGUACUGGUGGCUUGGGCUACGAGCAAGAGGCAAACUACACCUCCUCUGACAAGUAUGUGGACAAGGAGCUAGGGUUUACCACUGAGUACCAGACCCAGGUGAAGUUCAAGAAGUCUGUUUACCCUAACAAGACCCAAGUGAAGUUCAAGAAGUCUGGUUCUCCUUAUAAGAGUGGAACCAAGUCCUACAACAAUCGCGUUGACUAUUAUUAAUUAGGUUUAGAUGUUCACUGGGAUUUCUUGGUAUUUUGAAAUGCGGGCUUGUAAUGAACCUAGUUAUGUGUCUAAGCUUGUUUAUGCUUACUUGGAUUAAUCUCCUGCUAUCCGCUGUCAAUGUGAAUGAAGUAGUUCUCUCUUUCUUAUGUAAUGAACUUGUAAGUUGUUAUUAUGUCUAGCUUGUUUAUUUAUAUAUAAAUGUGUGUUUCUGUGUA